UGGCUUGAACCUCCCGCCGCGGUUUCGCGCUCUGGACUUUCUCUGAAUCUCCGGGAGGGUGGAGGAACAGUUUCAUUAUUAUUGCUAUUAUUAUUGUUGUUGUUUUCCUUGUCGGUCGCGGGACGCGCGCCGUGCAGUUUAGGGAGUUGCAAACUCUUGAAUGUCGGUGGGGUUUGAUUGACGGGCGGAAAUAAUAGGAUUUUCUGGCGGUGUUAGGCCCAAGAGAUUAAGCCAGCGCCGGACGAAGGAAUGACGGUGUAGCGGCUUCUGAGCUGUAGGUAAAAGGUAACAGUAGGCUUUUAAAGGACGCGACUGAGGAGAGAGGAGAGGCGGAUCCAGGGCGAAACCCAGGAAACCCAGAACAAGAUGGCGGAAGGAGGCCGGCCACAGAGGAAGAUGUCACGGGCUGGAGAGAGCUUAUAUCACAUCCUGGGCUUGGAAAAGGGUGCUUCCCCAGAAGACAUCAAGAAAGCGUACAGGAAACUGGCUUUGAAAUAUCACCCAGAUAAGAAUCCUGAUAAUCCAGAAGCAGCAGAGAAGUUCAAGGAGAUCAAUAAUGCCAAUGUAAUUCUCAGUGAUGAGAACAAGCGGCGUCUCUAUGAUGAAUACGGCUCCAUGGGACUUUAUGUGUCUGAGCAGUUUGGGGAAGAAAGUGUGAAGUAUUACUUCCUCAUGUCCAAGUGUUGGUUCAAGACAAUAGUAGCAUGCUGUGGCAUCUUUACAUGUUGCUGUUGCUGCUGCUGCUGCUGUUUCUGUUGUGGGAAAUGCCGCCCACCUGAAGAUGAUGAGUCAUACAAGUAUGUCAAUCCUGAAGACCUGGAGGCCCAGAUCCGUGCAGAAGACAAUGGUGGCGAUGCUAUCCGAAUGCAGCCAACAGCAAAUGCAACAUUGCACACUACAGAUGAGAAUCAGCCCCGCAGGCCAUGACCUUAGUUUGGUUUCCAGUCACAGCACAGUUCCUAUUCCAGCAACCAUUCCAGAGACAUUCUGACCAGGCCUGAAUUACCAAUCCUUUGGACUCUGAUGAAGUGCUCCCUCUCCAGUUGUGAUGCUGUGCAGUGACUUUGGUGAGGGUGCCUGAACGCCUGCUUCAGAGUCAUAAAUCUUCUCAGGGAACAUGGCCACAGACUUGCAAGGAGCUGGUUUGAAGGAAAGACACUUUAGCUCCGCCUCUUUAGGCCCAAGGAACAGCUUCCCCUUCUCCAGCGACAGAACAGUUCUUUGUUUAGCCUGUAUUCCCACAGCAGUGAAGGAAAAGAAAACGGAUGAAUGUUGCCAGCCCAGCAGUCUUUAUCCCCGGUCAUUCUUUCUCCUUCCAAUCUUGGUAUUUUGUAUUUUUAAGCCAGCCAUAUUGUGCCCUUGUCAAAGCCCAACUCAUGAUGGAGGAGGGGAUAUUGGGCUCCCUGCCUCCUAGUGCCAGGGAGGCAAACUGCCCUGCUAGGACUGUCGCCUGGCAACUGGGACUGCCCUUUCUGACCUAUGCAUUGGUGCCAAGCUGCAUUUCAGGGUGUAGUGUGAAAUAUGGUGGGAUUUGGAGUGCCUGCCUGGUAAAUUGGUGUUGCCCAUCAUCUCCCAAGAUGAACUGCUGCUCCAGAGAGCUUUAGUUGCUGUGUAGCAUCUUGCCCCUUAAGCUGCCCCAAAUCCUUUUCUGUGGGGCAGUACUGGGCAAGGGCAUUUUUCACACUGUGAUUUAAAAAAAAAAUUGUUAGGAUUUUAUCAGCACAAUUAAAUAUUUCUGAAGGAAAGAGCCGGAUUUUUUUUGUUCAUGUUUCCUUAGGAUGUAUUCAUUCAUACAUUCCUGGGAAUAUUGGGGUAGGUCUUAUGUACUUUGAAUGCAAUCUCUGCUUGGACCUUCAAGGACAUCCUAGUUUUCCCCUUAUGCUGGAAUUUUUUAGUUGAACAAGGCAAGUAACAAAUUACAAUUUUUAAUAUAUUUGUGGGCUGUAUUAUGCUAUUUAAGGAUCAAUAGCUGGCCUUGCAAAUACUAACAAUGGAUAUUUAAUUUGCACAUUAACUUGAAUGGGAAUGUGUGAAGUAUGUUGAGUUCUAUCUUAGAUCUAUCCUAUUCAACAUUUUUAUAAAUAACUAGUCCCUGGGGGGGGGGUACCUUGGAAAACAGAAUCAAUAUUUAAAACAAUAUUUAAACAAUAUUUAAAUAUUGAUAUUUAAAUGAUCAAGAGCUCUAAAUCAAAUUACAAGAAAUACAUAGCUAUAGAUCAAAUUGUAUACAACUGAUAGGAAUGGUCAUAAGCUAUAAGAUCAGCAAGUGAUACUACAGAAAUUUGCUUUUUUUAUCUUUUAUCAUUAGACAGCACAGGUUGUAAGGGCCCUUUCUCUCUCACACACAUUGGAGUGGAAUAAAGUGCCCACAACAAAUAAAUAAUGCCAGCAGGAACCACCAUAUGUGAGCCAGUACCAGUAUGUAAAAAUUCAGGCUUCUGAGGAGAAGCUUGAUUUCCACUCUUCCAUGUCUGACCUGUUUUGCUGCAGUCAUCUUUUAUUCUUUAAAUACUUCAAUAUUUUUUAAAAGACACUCACAUAGGAGAUGAAGCUAAUUUGUUUCAUUGCCUCAGAGCAGUGUCAUUCAACCUUGGCAACUUUAAGAUGUGUGAACUUCAACUCCCAGAAUUCCACACUUUUAAAAAUAGCCAAGUUGAGAAAUCCUGCUCCGAAGAAUGUAUCUUAAUCAUAUGAACUCUUUGACAAUAGAAUAGAAGCAGAGGCUGAAUUAUUGUCAAGAGAAGUAUAACAAAUGGGUAUCUGUAUAUGCAGGAACUUGAACUUUUGAAAUUGUAUGUUUUUAUAAUUUAAUUACAGAUGUGCACUAUUCUAGAAACUAACAUGCUUGACUCAGCCUUGCCUAAAAACUGUAUAGUCUCUUCAGUCUUAAUGGUAUUAUAUGGCUUAAGAAUAAUUACUUUGGUACUAAUUUGACUCCCUGUUUUAGCAGAAAAAUAAGUAUUAAGAAGUGACUAUUCUCCACAGUUGGGAGAAUAAUAAAUGGGUCAGGAAGAUAUAAUCAGACACAUAUUUUUGCUUUGAGAAUCAGGCCUAGGUCCAAGCUACUCAAAAAAAAUGUUUUCUUUUAUAUAUCAUUUUAUUAAAGAUCUUUUAAAGAAUAGAAAAAGCUAACAUAAACUAAUGUAAAGAAAGAAAAAAAAAUCAAAGAGAGGUGCAAGAAAGAAACACAUAGAAAAAAUAUAAAGCAAAUGUUUAGAGAGGCUGUAAAGCACUGUGAAGCAGUAUAUAAGUGCUAUUGCUAUAACUUUACCUCUAUGGUUACAACAUAGAGUUGUAUAUCUUUCUAUAUCUAUUCUGUUUAAUCAUCAAAACCAUAAAUCAUGUCCAUUUUUUCUAUUUCAUGCAAAAAGUCUGUAAGGGAUUUCCAGUUAGCAAUAAUUGUAGAUAUAUUUUUCCCUAACCAAAGAAGUGAACUUAGACAGUUAUAUCAUUUUUACCAACCAUUCCUCCAUUGGGGAUAAUGCUGAAUUCUUUCCAUCUUUAUGCAUACAAUAAUAUUGCUGCAUAUACAAAGUUCCAUUUCUUUUCCAACCCUUUGUCUUUCAGUCCCAAAAGAAAAAAAAAUACUGGUUUCAAUUGUACAUUAAUCUUUUAAGAUUAUCUUAAUUGAUGUAUGUAUUUUAAUGCAAAAAGUUCUAGCUUUUUCUUGCAUAUCCCAAGCAUACUCCAGGCUCUGACCAUUGCACCACUAUUCUGCGGUGUUUAAUAAUGAUUAUUGGUGAUUUUUUGUGCUGUCCUGGACAUCUGUGAUAAAAUCUUCUGUUUCUGUUGUAAGCUGAAAGCCUUUUAGCUGCUGCACUAAGUCCACACAAAUCUUUUCUAAGAAGCCUUUCCAGUAUUCUAAUCCCAUAUAGCAUUUCAGUGGGAUGGAUUCAGUCAGCGAGUGAGUGCUUUUCCUGCAGAAACUACCAAAUCCAUCUUUUGGCAUUUCAUUUAAAAGGAUAACAAGUAGCAGGGCUGGAAAACCGAAAUCCUGGAGAAAUAUGAUCCAUCUGAAGAGGCAACAAUGGAUGGAAAUGAUGUGUUUCAACCUGAGACAAUUUAACAAAUGUUUGUAUAGGUAUUAAUGUUUUGUUUUUAAAAAAAAUAUGCAGAAAGAAGAAAACCUAUACAAAAAUAAAAUUGUCCUAUACUAAACAUAA